UUUUAAGUUCGUAAGAGCAGAAUGGAUGAUUUAUUUUUUUUUUUUUGUUAUUGUAAAUGCAACUCUGAGACAAUGUCAGCUACCAUUACAUUAAAUGCUGUUUUAAGGGAAAAACAUCCUGUUAAUGUGUAUUGUAUUCUGCUUUAGUCUGAAACUGCUUAUGCGUGACAUGGGUCUCCAGUCUGAGAGAACUUUGAAUGGAUUACAGUGAAAGUGAAAAAGUGAAAUGAAAGAAACUGGUCACUAACAGCAGCAUAAAAUCCAUGUGCAUUUCAACACUAAAAUGGCAUGCAUUAUUCUAAAUUAAGUAAUAUGUACUCUGAAUACAAAGGAGCAUAUUAUUCAAAGAGAGAAUUUUAAAGGAUACAUCCCAUUGUUGUUUUUGGAUAUUCAUUGGCUUUUUUACGUAUAGCAAGAAAAACUGUCUUUAUGGAAUACAUAUGACUUUUCAUAUUUUUCCUAUUUUGAUAAAGAGAAAUGUCUGUGUACUUAAAAACAACAUUGAAAAGUAUGGCUUGCAUCUCUCUCACACGGUUGCAGUUUAUAUUAUUACUGUGGUACUUUCUCUGCCAGACUGUAACUAUUGCUGGGGCCACAUUUACAAACAUAAAGAUGAAAUAUCAAGUUUUUGAAGAGGUUGCAGAAGGAACACCAAUUGGAAAACUGCUUGAUGAUGUCAGGUUGGAGGGAGAGGUACAGAAAAGGCACUUCCGUAUGAUGCAACCUGUUUCUGCAGUACCCAUUCAGGUCAGGACAGAGGAUGGCCAGAUUUCUUCUGUUGGCCGUUUGGACAGAGAAACCCUUUGCAGGAAGGUUGAACCCUGUAUUCUUUCAUUUACAGUCAUGGCUGAAAGUUCAGAUGCAAUGGACCUAAUCCAAGUUGAGAUCCAGGUUUUAGAUGUUAAUGACCAUGAGCCCCAGUUUCCUAAUUUGGGACUGGAAAUAGAGAUUUCUGAGAGUGCAUCUUUAGGUACCAAGAUACCACUUGACCAAGCCUCAGACUCAGAUAUAGGCUCUAAUGCUCUUCAGAUGUACAAUCUCUCUACUACUCAGCACUUUAAUUUAAACACAAUUCGCAGAGCUGAUGGCAGUAUAAUAACAGAACUGGUAGUUAUUAAAGAGCUAGAUAGAGAAAUGCAGUCUUCAUUUGAUCUAUUAUUGAUAGCCCUAGAUGGAGGAAGUCCCCCCAAAUCAGGUACUUGUCAAAUAAAAAUACAUUUACUGGACUCUAAUGAUAACAGCCCUGUAUUUGAAAAAAAUUAUUUAACUAUAGAAAUCUGGGAAAACUCCUUGCCUGGGACUACUUUAAUAAAACUUAAUGCCACAGACCCAGACCAAGGGCUAAAUGGAGAGAUUGAAUACUCAUUUGGGAAACAUGUCUCACAAGAGAUACUUAGUACUUUCAGCAUAGACCCAAAAACUGGGCAAAUAACUCUUAUAGGGUCACUAGAUUAUGAGGAAAGGCAGUCAUAUGAAAUAGAUAUACAGGCCAGGGAUCUAGGACCAAACCCUAUUCCAGCUCAUGUUAAGCUCCAUAUAAAAGUGUGGGACAAAAAUGAUAACAGACCUAAGAUAUACAUUACAUGGGCCUCCCAAAAGUCUGAUACAGUCUCAGUGUCAGAGGCUGUUCCUAAGGAUGGAUUUGUGGCUCUUGUGACAGCAACUGAUUCAGACUCAGGCAGCAAUGGACAGGUUAAUUGUUUUCUUAGACAUGGGCAUGGCCAUUUCAGGUUAAAGAAAACAUACGAUAAUUAUGUUUUAGUAGUAAACAGCACCCUUGAUAGAGAGAAAUUGUCAGAGUACAAUAUAACAGUGGUUGCAAAAGAUCAGGGCUCUCCACAAUUAAUAUCAGAGAAACAUCUGACUAUCCAGAUUGUUGAUGAGAAUGACAAUCCACCUGUUUUUGAGAAAAAUCAUUAUCUGGUCACUGUUUUUGAAAAUUAUUUAUACCACUCACCUCUCCUCAUAGUGAAAGCUCAUGAUGCAGAUGAGGGUAUGAAUGCAAAGGUUACUUAUUCAGUUCAGCAUUCCAUUGUUUCAGAAACUCUAGUUACAUCACUUGUUAGGAUAGAUCCUGUCACUGGUGACAUCUAUGUUGUAAGAGAAUUAGAUUAUGAACAGAUUAAAAGCUUCAACAUUAUUGUUAAGGCUCAAGAUGGUGGUAGUCCCAUGAUGAUGUCAGAGACAUUAGUUACUAUAGAUAUUAUUGAUAAAAAUGAUAACUACCCAGUGAUAACACAUCCAGUGCUUAAGAAUAAUAUAGCACUUAUUAAUAUUCCCAUUGACAAAAGCACUGGCCAAAUGGUAAUAGCAGUGGAGGAGUUCAACAGCCAUUUACAACCCAAACACCUGGCUAGGCAUAUGUCAGGUACAUUAGCUAUGGCUCAUAACUUAGAAAGCAGAUCAUCAAGCAGUUCGCAGUUUGCAAUUUCAAAAAUCCAGGAAGGAAAGAGUGUACCUAAAGUUUACCCAGUGAUAACAGUCAGAGCAGAAGAUGCUGAUUCACCACCAAAUGCUAAUAUCUCUUAUCAUAUUCUAAAUGUGGAUGAUGCACACCUAUUUUCACUUAAUGAGAAGACAGGUCAGCUUUAUCUUAACAGCAGUAAUUGCAGUGGACUUAUUGGAAGCCAGUGGGAUUUGGAACUCUUGGUACUAGAUGGUGGUAGACCACCUCUGUCUACAAAAGCAUUCUUGACAUUUACCUUUAGUAAUCACCAAGAUCAACUGAAAAAUUCAACUAAUGAGCCAAGUAAGGUGAGCCUUCCUAUAAUCAUGUUGAUAAUAGGUGGUGUGGUACUGGGCCUCUUUUUGUUAAUUAUAGCACUGAUGAUGUCUGUAUGCAGAACCGAAAAGAAGGAUAACAGAGCAUACAACUGUAGAGAAGCAGAGUCUGCUUAUAAACACCAUCCUAGGAGGCCUCAAAGACAGAUUCAGAAAACAGACAUCCUUUUAAUUCCCCCUGGGAGAAGCAGAGGAGAAAAGCAACGUGACAAUCUGAAAUGUCAGCCUCAGCAAAGUUCUACCAUGGAUUCAGCUGCAGGAAGUCCCACUGGUUCCAAAGAUGACUUAAUACAAGCCUCGUUUAACAUGUCCCCAACUCUUUAUCGGACGUUAAGAAACCAAAGGAACCAUGAGUUUCCAGAUGAAAAUAAAGAACUUUCUCAGGCUCAAUUUAUUCUUUCUCCAACUCUUUCCAGAACUCUACAGAGAAAUCGAGGGCUCACAAAGGACAGUUAUGAAACAUUCCAAUGUAAUUCUCAACCUCACACUAAGAUUUUAAAGAACCCUGGCACCCCCGAGAUCAAAUCAAAAGAUGAGCAGGCAGAUAGCUCUUCUUCUAUUGAGCCUACUCCAUCUCCUCCAGUAUAUGCAACCAUGAGAAGGCAGAAAAUUCCAGAACAAAGGAGUGGUGAUAUAAAGGACCCUAGAAAAGAGAUCCUGAGAAGCUUGUUUAGGUUGUCUAUGGCUGCCCUGGCAGAACGUGAGUCUGUAGAACUUACAACAGAAUCACCUCAUAUACAGCAGGUCUCCCAGCUGCUUUCGUUGCUGCAUCAAGGCCGGUUCCAGCCUAGACCGAACUUCAGAGGAAACAAGUAUUCUACCAAAACAAUCAGGAGUAAUUCCCAUGAUGCUGAUUGCCUGAGCACCAAAGACAGUGGACAUGGAGAGAGUGAGGCAGGUGAUAUUGAUUCAGAUAUAGGUGGGGAUGCCCAUCUUGGUGCACUUCUAGAAGAAGGCUUUGAAAAUCUGUUGAAUCCUGAUACAGCACUAGACCAGAAAACCUUGACAGAUGUCCCAGAUCCAUCUUGGAUGGCCAGGCUUUCUCUGCCUCUGACAACAAACUACAGAGACAAUAUUUUCAUCCCUGACUCAUUGGAUUCAACCAAAGAAUCACCAGAUGUGCAAACAGAUGCAGCAAAAUCAUUCUCCACCUUUGGCAAGAAUACAGGAAUGGAGGAAAACUCAGAGGGACCCAACAUGGCAAAUAAUUUCCUCUCUGAAAUGAGUUCACUCUUUGAGCUUCUUUUGACACAAAAGGCUGAAGCCCAUGCAGUUACAAGCUCUGAUGUUCUCUUACGUCUCUCUGCUUGUGGGAAAUCCCUGGGGUUAGAUGUGGAUCCUUCAGGAAUAUGUCAAGAGUUCAAAUCUCCUGCUGAAACAUUCAGUCAACGCAAACAUAACUGUUGAUUGGACUAGAACUAAGCUAUAUAAUCAGCAUCUAGAAUGUAAAGGCCACAAGAAAAAAAUUCCUGACUGGAAACUUUUCUUAUCACCCCAUGCAAGUUAGAAAUGUUUCAGUGAAGAAAUCAAGACUGUGAUAAACAUAUAGUCAUGUAAGGAGAAAGUGUAACAUUUUGCUAAACAGCAUAGAAAUAAUGUUUGUUUCUGCAACGUGAAUCAACAUCUGGAAAUCUUUUUGCAUAAUUACUAUGAUCUCCAGUAGCCAUCACAAGACAACAAAACUAAAAUAAUUUUUUCAAGUGUCUUGCAAUAUAGAUUCCAACGGUUUUAUGUCCCCUUCAAAACAAAAACAGUUCAGCACGUGUUAAAUGGAUUUCAUAUUCAGAUGAAAUUUCAAGUCCAGAAGAUUAAUAGAGUAGAUCGUUUUGAAUUAUUUAUAUGUAUUAUUGUUUUUUAGAGCUGAUGUUAAGCUCAGUCAUUCAUCCACUAUAUACUGCUUAAUAAACAAUUGAACUGGAAACAGCAAUAACUGCUUAUGUGAAAGAAACACAGAAGUAUCUCUAAGAUUUUAUAUGCUAUAUUGCAAAUACAAUCCAAUUUUCUCUUAUAAAAGUGGCAUAAACCCUAAA